AUGGACCGCCCCAGCAAUACCACCACACCCUGCGGCUUUCUCCUUCAAGGCUUCUUCGAGUUCCCGCACCUGAGGCCCUUUCUCUUUCUGCUGCUGCUGGCCGUGCACCUGGCCACUUUGACCGGGAACCUGCUCAUCCUGGUGGCUGUGGCCUCGGUGCCCAGCCGUCCACCCAUGCUUCUCUUCCUGUGCCAGCUCUCAGCUAUCGAGCUCUGCUACACGAUGGUGGUGGUGCCCCGCUCCCUGGCCGACCUGAGCAUGCCCGGCCAGGGCAGAGGCAGUCCCAUCUCCUUCCUGGGUUGUGCAGUCCAGAUGCAGAUGUUCGUGGCGCUGGGUGGGGCCGAGUGUUUCCUGCUGGCCGCCAUGGCCUACGACCGCUAUGUAGCCAUCUGUCAUCCACUGCGCUAUGCAGCUAUCGUGACCCCGGGUCUGUGCGGCCGACUGGCCCUGGCCUGCUGCCUCGGGGGUCUGACAGUGUCGGUGGGGCUCACGGUGGCAGUCUUUCACUUGCCUUUCUGCGGCUCCUGCCUGCUCGUGCACUUCUUCUGCGACAUCACGGCGCUGCUGCACCUGGCCUGCACGCGGAGCUACGUGGACGAGCUGCCCUUGCUGGGCACCUGCCUAGUGCUGCUCUUGCUGCCCUCGAUGCUCAUCCUGGCCUCCUACGGGGCCAUCGCCUCUGCCCUGCGCCACCUGCACUGCGCAGGAGGCCGGCACAAGGCUGCCUCCACCUGUGCCUCACACCUGGUUGUCACCUUCCUGCACUACGGCUGCGCCACCUUCAUGUACGUAAGGCCCAAGUCCAGUUACUCCCCUCGACUGGACCGCACGCUAGCGCUGGUGUAUACCAACAUCACGCCACUGCUCUACCCCCUUAUCUACAGUCUGCGCAACCGAGAAAUCACAGCUGCCAUCCACAGGGUGCUGGGGCGCUGUGGAUGA